AUGGAGGGGGAGGAUGCCAACCCUGAUUCCCCGGACCAAGCGGAAAGGCCCCGAGCGCGGGGCCGGGGCCGGAGGCGACGGGCAACCAAACUGCAGCAGCUGCAGAGCGGAGGGCAGCAGCAGCUGCCGAGCGGAGGGCAGCAGCAGCUGCAGAGCAGAGGGCAGCAGCAGCUGCCGAGCGGAGGGCAGCAGCAGCUGCAGAGCGGAGGGCAGCAGCAGCUGCCGAGCGGAGGGCAGCAGCAGCUGCAGAGCGGAGGGCAGCAGCAGCUGCCGAGCGGAGGGCAGCAGCAGCUGCAGAGCGGAGGGCAGCAGCAGCUGCCGAGCGGAGGGCAGCAGCAGCUGCCGAGCGGAGGGCAGCAGCAGCUGCAGAGCGGAGGGCAGCAGGAGCUGCAGAGCGGAGGGCAGCAGGAGCUGCAGAGCGGAGGGCAGCAGGAGCUGCAGAGCGGAGGGCAGCAGGUGCUGCAGAGCGGAGGGCAGCAGGAGCAGCAGAGCGGAGGGCAACAGCAGCUGCCGAGCGGAGGGCAGCAGCAGCUGCAGAGCGGAGGGCAGCAGGAGCUGCCGAGCGGAGGGCAGCGGCAGCUGCCGAGUGGAGGGCAGCGGCAGCUGCAGAGCGGAGGGCAGCAGGAGCUGCAGAGCGAAGGGCAGCAGGAGCUGCAGAGCGGAGGGCAGCAGCAGCUGCAGAGCGGAGGGCAGCAGCAGCUGCAGAGCGGAGGGCAGCAGCAGCUGCCGAGCGGAGGGCAGCGGGAGCUGCAGAGCGGAGGGCAGCAGCAGCUGCGGAGCGGAGGGCAGCAAGAGCCGGUUUGGGUGUUGGAUGUGGAGAUGGCGAACGAGGCUUGCACCGAUGAGCUGGAAUCAAGCCCAAUGGAGGGGGAGGAUGCCAACCCUGAUUCCCCGGACCAAGCGGAAAGGCCCCGAGCGCGGGGCCGGGGCCGGAGGCGACGGGCAACCAAACUGCAGCAGCUGCAGAGCGGAGGGCAGCAGCAGCUGCCGAGCGGAGGGCAGCAGCAGCUGCAGAGCGGAGGGCAGCAGCAGCUGCCGAGCGGAGGGCAGCAGCAGCUGCAGAGCGGAGGGCAGCAGCAGCUGCCGAGCGGAGGGCAGCAGCAGCUGCAGAGCGGAGGGCAGCAGCAGCUGCCGAGCGGAGGGCAGCAGCAGCUGCAGAGCGGAGGGCAGCAGCAGCUGCCGAGCGGAGAUGGAUCCCUGGACAAGUUCAAGGCUCGUUUGGUCGCCAAAGGAUAUUCUCAAGCUGCUGACUUUCUAGCUGAGAUACUUCCACGGCACCUCUUCGUUCUUGACCGCCAACGUGCUGGAUUGGUGCCGCUCGAGUCUCUUGAGUGCUUCUCCACUGCUGUCUCUUCCGCUCCUUCUUCAUCUCGCUCUGAGGGUCAGCAGUGCGGGGGGGUGUUGGAAUGA